UUCUAUAAAGUGUUUCAGGACCUCUUGUCAAAUGUCAAGCACCUUCAAGUGCGCCUCUUCCUUCCUUUCCGAAAAAAAAGAUGGCUGCCAUCACCUUAGGGCUGCUGUGUCUCUUGUGUGCAUCAUCGUACAAGUCAGCACUUGGUACAACAAAAACCAUAUAUGGCGCUGUCAGUGAAUCGGCAUGGUUACGCCACGGAUCCCCUCUUCUAAACCCUACACAGAUUCAAUGGCACCGCAAUGGAACAAUCCUCAUAUUUUAUAAUCAUCCAGGAGACCUUACCUACCCACAGAAAAAUAAGUUUCAGCUGAGUAAAACAGAUGGAACCCUUCAGAUCUUCAACCUAAGCGUAAAUGAUACUGGGAAUUAUAAAGUUACAUUAAUAAAUACAUCGUAUCAAACAAUUGAAGAAAUAAAACUCAUUGUGGUUGAAAAGAUCAAAAAGCCGAAGCUGAAGGUGCUGAAUGCGACCGACUGUUUCGUGAAAGUGUCAUGCGUUACCUUCAACAACCACUCGGUGGAGGCAGAGUGCAACAUUCCAUCUGACGCCUCCAAAUGCCCAGAGACCAAGAAGAGCAGCUCUCCCGACCUCUACAUCUUCGUUGAGGGAGAAUCAAUUUCCUGCGUCUGCAGCAUCUUUGCCAGCUCGAACAGCAGCAGCAUCGCUAUCAAAGACUACUGUGCGGUUAAGAAUAAAGGUUCUAACAAGGGAACUCAUCACACAAACUGUGUUUUCUUAGUUGCUCUUAUUUUAGUAGCUCUACUUUUUUAGGAAAUACUUUCAGUAAGGGGGUGGUAUGGUGGUGCAGUGGUUAGCACUGUUGCCUCACACCUCUAGAACCCGGGUUCGAGUCUCCGCCUGGGUCACAUGUGUGUGGUGUUUGCAUGUUCUCCCCAUGUCGUCGUGGGGUUUCCUCCGGGUACUCCGGUUUCCCCCCACAGUCCAAAAACAUGCUGAAGCUAAUUGGACUUGCUGGAUGGAUGUUCAGUAACUUAUGAAAUAAAUUCAGUGCCUAGUAUGUGUUCUGUCAUGUGCUUUAAUGUCCUUAGCGUAACUUCCCUGUGUUCCUCAGCCAUUCUGUGUUGCUUUGUCCAGACCUUUUAAGUACUUUUAACAGCAAAUUCGUGAGAAACCAUCCCCUCUUCUCCUUCGCCACCAUUGCCACGAUUCCUCGGCCAGCGAAGGGUCCACAUCUGCCAGUCAAACUUUGGCAUGAAAUAAUGUUCCCCAGAACCACAGUGCAGUAUAUAUACAUAAAGUGCAGAGGCUAUAAACAAGACAAGGGCAACACACGAAGGAGAGGAUGAAAGGAGAAUAAUAGAUAAUAAAUAAAUAAAAUGCAUUUCAUUCUCAGCAUCUCUGGGUAGCCAAGUUUUUAGGGUCACCAUGACAUUCUUUAUCCACUCACUGUGGUUAGGUUCAUUAUUCCUUGAAUAAAUAUAUAAUUACAGAAAAUGUACUUUGUCAGAUUCAUAUAAACACAACAGCAGAUCAGUCCCAUUUACAGGUAGGCUUUGAAAUGUUAUUCCAUUUUAAAAACUGAGAAUGACAAAUGAACUAACAUAUACGCUCCUCUUUUAAUACUGCAAAGGAUUUUAGACCAACAGCCAUACAGAAGCUUACAGAAAUGGUUAAAAACCAUUUAUUAAGUUACAUUUAAAUAGAUUACAAUAACCUGGUAAUUUUUUCCAAAACGAACAUAUUACACAAACAUAAGGUUUUGAAAAUAAUCUACAUGUUCCCAUUCAAACUGACAUACUGAGCUCUGUUCCUAUUUCAGAAGAACUCACAGUCACUGUGGGUUUCUUCCUUCAGCAGCCGCAAAACAUGCCGGUGUUGAUACAUUUAUAUAACACAAACCAGCUGAAAUCAGGCAGCGAGAGCUCUUAGAGGUUGUUAGUUCAAAUCCUGUAAAUUUGCGAUGAGUGAAUAUAAAGUCCUUGUUGGCAAAAGGGUCGGCAAAGGAAGUGAAUGUAAAUACAGCGCUGACUGUCAGUGGGAAGAUCUUUUCUAAAGAAGUUGGGUUACUGCAGCCGGUGGGGCGCCGUGGACAAAUUUCACAGUUUCAUAUACCGUUGAUAUUCCAGGAGGGACGACCUGUUUCAGACAAAAUGAAAAAGCUGUUUAGAGAGUUUAUGCUGAAUUACAUAAAAGCAGGGAGGUGCAGUGAUGGAAAAUGUCUUGUCAAUCUGUGAUUUAUGAGAUUUGAACUGUAUAUAUCUAUUAAAAAAUGGUGUGAACCUGAGAAUAAACACUGCUUUCGUGACACUGCUUU